GCUGACAUCUUGGUACACGUGCUGAACAAGUUCAGUGAAGAUGUCGGACUGGGAGAAUGAGUACGACAGUAGCGGCGUGGCCAUCGCCACCGCCACAGUGGGGGGCCACGGGAAGGAGACCGUCAGUUGGGGGUUCUCUGGUGUGAGUUCCGGAGUGAGUUACGGAGUGAGCUCCGGAGCUCCGUGGCGGGGCGGCGACGGAGGGACCGACCGGCGGAGCGACGACGGCGGCCGGCGGGGCCGUGGGGGGGCGGCCGGUAGCUUCGAGUCCGGCACGGCGGUCACGUUCACUGUUGAAAACCAGUAUGUUGGACGGAUUAUAGGUCGUGGAGGAGAGAAGAUCCGGGAGCUGGAAGAAGGUACUGGGGCGCGGAUAAAGAUCCAGAAGGGCGACUACGAGGGCACGGUGGUGAUCCACGGAGCUCCGGACGACCAGCAGAAGGCCCGCCAGCUGAUCCAGGAGCUGGUGCAGGAAGACCACUGCGGCCUCCGCUUCGCUGGAGGAGGAGGAGAGACGAGAAAGGGCAGUUCCUGGACGGACGCCCAGCUCCAGUCCUCCGCCCUUGCUGCUCCGGCCCGGGAGGCCAUCGACUGGACCAACAUCAGGGAGAACCGGGAGAUGUAUGAGGAGAUGAAGUGGAAAGACCUGCCUCCCAUUAAGAAGGCUUUCUACCUGGAGGCCGACAGCGUCUCCACCCUCACUGAGGCCGAGGUCGUGGACUGGAGGAAGGAGAAUAAUAACAUCUUCGUGGAUGACCUGAAGGAGGAAGGGAAGCGUCCGUUCCCCAACCCCUGCCGAACCUUCCUGGAGGCCUUCCAGCCCUACCCGGGAAUCAUGGACAACAUUGAGAGAGUGGGCUUCACCAAGCCCACCCCCAUACAGUCUCAGGCAUGGCCAGUCCUGUUAAGUGGUGAGGACCUGAUUGGGAUCGCCCAGACUGGUACAGGGAAGACCCUAGCCUACCUGCUGCCCGGCUUCAUCCACAUGGACGGACAGCCUGUCUCCAGGGCGGACCGUGUGGGUCCGGCGAUGCUGGUGCUGAGCCCCACCAGAGAGCUGGCUCUGCAGAUAGAGUCCGAAUGCAGCAAAUACAGCUACAAGGGCUUCAAGAGCGUGUGUAUCUACGGGGGCGGGGACCGGAGGGCCCAGAUCAAGAAGGUGCAGGCCGGCGUGGACAUCGUGAUAGCCACGCCCGGACGGCUCAACGACCUGCAGAUGAACGAGCUCAUCGACCUCAAAUCCAUCACCUACGUGGUCCUGGACGAGGCGGACCGGAUGCUGGACAUGGGCUUCGAGCCUCAGAUCCUGAAGAUCCUGCUGGACGUCCGUCCGGACCGCCAGACGGUGAUGACCAGCGCAACCUGGCCCCCCGGGGUGCGGCGGCUCGCCAAGUCGUACCUGAAGAACCCCAUGAUGGUGUACGUGGGCACGCUGGACCUGGCGGCGGUGACCUCAGUGCACCAGUCGGUUCUGUUCGUGACGGAGGAGGACAAGAAGGCUUACGUCUUCGACUUCAUCAGAAACAUGGAGCCCAACGACAAGGUCCUCAUCUUCGUCGGAAAGAAAAUCAUGGCGGAUGACCUCUCCAGCGACCUGUGUCUGCGGGGUCUGGCCGUCCAGAGUCUCCACGGCGACCGGGAGCAGUGCGACCGUGAGGAGGCGCUGCGGGACUUUAAGGAUAGCCGCGUGCGCAUCCUGGUGGCCACCGACCUGGCCUCGCGCGGCCUGGACGUCAUCGACAUCACGCACAUCUUCAACUACGACUUCCCGCGCAACAUCGAGGAGUACGUCCACCGCGUGGGCCGCACCGGGCGCGCAGGGCGGUCUGGCUUCGCCGUGACGCUGGUGACCCGAGAGGACUGGAGGAACGCCGGCGAGCUCAUCACCAUCCUGGAGCGGGCAGGACAGGAGGUCCCUGAGGAGCUGGUGAUGAUGGCGCAGAGAUAUGAGAAACACAAGAGAGACCGCGAGCUCAGCGGGCCCAGAGGAGGAGGAGCGGGAGGAGGAGGUGGUCGAGGAGGAGGAGGAGGAGGUGGUCGAGGAGGAGGAGGUGGUCGAGGAGGAGGGAGGGGCCGUAGAGACGAGGACCGCUGGGCUUUCUGAGGACCUCAUGUCUAUGAUGGGGGUCUGUUCUACAAUAUGAGAUUCACCUUCUUUGUGUGAACACCAGCACACCUGGAUGAUGGGCACUGAGGGCCGCAGAAGGAGGGCCCCGGGAGUAGGGCUCCAGGAGGACGGCCCCUGACCCUAUGGUCGCUGGAGUGUGACCCCAGGAGGAAGAUCCCUGUAGUUAGGGCCCCAGGACAACCCACAUGUUUGUAUUGAGGUUCCAAAUGGUUGAUUUCCAAAGAGUGUACUCGAGGUUUUUUGCUCGAGGUGCCGUUGUUCAGACGACUGUUGUGUGCAUUUUGAUUAAAUUGUUUAAAACAUGUAAAA